AUGGCCAGCACCUUCAUACCAGGGCUGAACUCUCAGAAGCCUCAUUAUAUUCCAGGGUACACUGGACACUGCCCACGACUUCGGUUCAGCAUGGGUCAGACCUAUGGGCAGAUGACUGGUCAGCUACUUCGAGGUCCUCCUGGCCUAGCCUGGCCUCCAGUCCACCGUACACUUCUGCCUCCUAUUCGGCCUCCAAGGUCUCCUGAGGUUCUCAGGGAGAGCCUCCGUCUCAGGCCUGGGCAUAAAAGGCUCAGCUCCAGCAUGAUCCCCGGAUACACAGGUUUUGUACCUCGGGCACAGUUCAUCUUUGCCAAGAACUGCAGCCAGGUCUGGUCUGAGGCUCUGAAUGAUCUUACUCAUUGGCAUGGGGGGCAACAGAGUCAAGAACUGCCAAAGGAGGCCAAGCGGGGAAAAGACACGGAGAAAGACCAAGAGCAAAAUCCAGAGCUAGAGCUGGAGCAGGAGGCAGGACAAGCUUCUCCCUAUUCCAUGGAUGACAGAGACCCUCGGAAGUUCUUCAUGUCAGGCUUCACUGGUUAUGUGCCCCGGGCCCGCUUCCUCUUCGGCUCCAGCUUUCCUGUGCUCACCAACCAGGCACUUCAGGAAUUUGGACAGAAGUACUCAAGAGGCAGAGGUCAGAAGGAUGUCAAACAUCUCCCCCCACUUCCCAGGACCUAUCCCUAGAACCAUCUUUUACCUAACUCUGGGGGCUAUGUGCCAGCCAAGCCAGGUGGGCUUGGGGGAGGGCUCUCAGGUUCUGAAUCUGGGGGUUAUGAGGGUCCCUGA